CAACAAUUGUUGUGUAUGGAAUAAGUUCCUUAUGUUUAACCUCAUGUCCCCUUGCGGACAAAUCUCUUGGUGAAAGUAGCUUGGUGGUAUGUCAUUCUUUCUGUUAUUUCUUCAUCAGCUACUCGACUGACUGCUCGCCCCAUGGUCCGUUCCAUCUUAAAUCUCCGGUGUGGUGUGAUUUUGCUGAAAAGGGUUGUGGCGUUGUGCGUUGUUGAGAGAUAGAGGAAGAAGGAAUUUGUGUCGAGGUUUUUAUACGCUGUCUCACCUCACCUGACUUCAACUUCAACGCUCGGCUUAGCUGCAGUGAAUGCCUGACCCGGUAUUUCUCUUCGUCAAUGGUGUCGCCUCACCUACCCCCACUCCUCCGGUGACAACCUUGCUUGAAUCCCAUCCAGGUGCUUACACUACCUUCAGAACUCAUAACAAUGGCUUAGAAUUUCUCUUCUGGGAAAGGCAUUUGCGCAGGCUUUCUACUUCCACAAACAUUCUCUUCAAUUCAUGUCCAAACCUUCUAUUCCGUCCAGGAAUAAAUUUGACCCCCGUAUCCCUGCAACAGAUGAAAUCCCUGGAAUGGGAUUCACUGAUUCCGUCUUUCGUUAAUAAUUCAAUGACAAAAGCAAUACCUGUUGCAUUGAAAGAGAGGAAAACCGGAACAGAAUUGGCAUUCACUGCUCUUGUGAGUGGAAACUUGGAGAAAUUGAUUCCAAACGAGAAGAUAGGUGAAGAAGAAAUCCAUAGGGUUUUUAGUUUGCAUCUUCAUGUAAGUUUAUAUUCUCCUCCUGUAUUUGGAGUCCGGACAGAUGGCGCUCAUCUAGCUCUUGUUGGCCAUGGAAGAGAUACUGCAAAUGCAAAAUACUCAGAUUGGGUCAGGAUGAGGAAACCAUUGGAGAAGUUGAGGCCUCCAUCUGCUACUGAGCUCUUGCUUUCAAAUGAUGGAGAUCACAUUCUUGAAGGUUGUUUAACAAAUUUUUUUGUUAUCUGUCGUAAGGAUAGUAUAAAAGAUGGUUAUUCACUUGAAUUACAGACAGCUCCAAUAAGUGAUGGUGUCCUUCCAGGAGUAGUACGAGAAGUGAUCAUCGAGGUAUGUUUGGGAAUUGGAAUCCCGAUACGUGAAGUUGCUCCAUCAUGGUCCAAACGCCACUUGUGGGAAGAAGCAUUUAUUACAAAUAGCUUGAGGAUUUUGCAGCAUGUGGAAACAAUUCGAGUUCCAGGUUCAUGGAACUCACUGAGUUGUAAAACGUGGAAAGAUGUAAUGUGGGAAGAGAAACUAUUUCAGGAGUGUCCUGGAAGCAUAACUGCAGUGAUCCAGGAGGAGGUGAUGAAGAGAGCAAAGGUUGAAGGCCACACAGUCACAUCAUUUAUUGAGUAAUUUUAAUUAGUUUAUCAUGGUGUAUACCGAUUGCUCUUGAUGUUAAAAGACUAUUUUGCCCAUCUGUAGUAGAGUAUGACAUUCUUUAAGUUUUAUUGAAGAUUGUUUGAAAGAAUUUUGAAACUAGAUGUAAAGAUUAGAAGAGUUUUGACUACUUUUUUAGGAAGAUAUUUCGUAUGUGUGGCUUAUUUGAUUCAUUAUUGGUUGUGGUUUGCUUAAAAAUCUUGUUAUUAAACUUGUAACUACGAUUAACUUUAAUAAUACAACUUUUGAAAUCUAUCUAUCUCGUAUACUAUAUUAUGAUCAGACCAAAGUUUUGAAUAAAAGAGUAAUGAAAAAAAUAGGGAUUCAAAGGUUUGAAGAAAUGAUUGUGUUGAUUUUUCAGCUUAUAAUCUAUAGACAACAGACCU